AUGAUUCAGUCCGCAUCCUCAGUUAAUAGCAAUAAUAUUAAUGGAGCGAAUCAGGUGGUGGAAAUGAGUGCUUCUCCCGGUGCUGAAACGCCUUUAGCGAACGGUAAUGCCUUAACUUCCAUGGGUGCUGGUUCGAGUUCUGGGUCGCAAACGAGAAAGAUUACUCAAUUCAGCAAUAAACUAUACAACAUGGUGAACGAUUCCUCGACGGACUCUCUCAUCCGCUGGAGCGAACGUGGUGAUUCCUUUUUCGUCAUCGGGCAUGAGGACUUCGCAAAACUUGUACUUCCUCGGUAUUUCAAGCAUAAUAACUUUUCGAGUUUUGUACGACAGUUAAACAUGUACGGUUUUCAUAAAGUCCCUCAUAUUCAGCAGGGAGUUUUGCAGUCGGACAGCCCCAACGAGCUGCUUGAGUUUGCCAAUCCCAAUUUUCAACGCGACCAACCCGAACUUUUAUGUUACGUUACAAGAAAAAAGGGUGGCUCUCAAGCUUCCGACGAUGCUGCUAACUCAUUAGACAUGUCAACAAUUACAAUGGAAUUGCAGAACAUUCGAAAUCAACAAAUGAAUUUAUCCAGCGAACUAAACCGAAUUCAAGUCGAUAAUGCUGCCCUUUGGCAAGAAAACAUCGAAACCCGGGAGAGGCAACGUCGACAUCAGGAAACUAUUGAUAAAAUUCUUCGGUUUCUUGCUAGCGUGUACUUGGAUGGUAAACAAAAGCCAGCAAGCAAAGUUAUGCCCAAGAGUCGCCGACUUUUGUUGGAAGCCAAAUACCCCUCUGCGUUGAAUCCAAACUCAAAUCCCAACCUAAGCUCCAACCGUACUUCUCCUUUUGAUGCAUCUUCCAACGUGACACCUACUAAUGCAGGGUUUCCUCCUGCGAACGUAAACCAGGAAAAUGACGCCGAAUUAAGGUUCCGAUCUAUGUCAGCUGGUCCUGCCUCAUCUAGCAAUAUUACUGCAGCAAAGUCUGAUACCGCAUCUCCCAAAAAUAUGGAUGCUCAUAAUUUAAUGAACGAGUUAAAUUCACAGAGGAAGAAUUCCGUGGAACCUCUUCCGAAUACAAUGGAUUCUGGCAUCUCUCCAAAUCGGUCUCCAUCCACUGAAUUGCCCACUCAUUCCAAUGAAGAUGAUGGUUUAGAAUCGAAGUUAUCGAAUACGGGUGAUAUCAUCAACAUGCUAGAUGAUGCCGGAACAGUGGACAAUGAAAAUAUGAACGCGCUGUCUCCUUUGCUUUUUGAUUAUCAAGAUUCCGGGUAUCCUUCGAAUGUGGAUCCUGCUCCUGAGCAAAAUAGCAUGCCUGUUUAUGGUGCCCAAAAUAAUAGUUAUCCAGCUGAUAGUGCUGUCUCCAAUAGGUCAGCUUUGAAUCCAUAUUCAUGUAACGAUUACUUGUCCAACAUGAACCCCUCUUAUACGUCUUACCCAAACAAGGAACAGCUUACCAAUUAUUAUCCAGGUUUUGCUUCUGAUCAGAAACGAAUCACAAAUGUAAAUGAUGGGAUCGCAAAGCAAGAUCAAAAUAUUCAAGCUUUGGCUGAUAUAUUAGGGAUCCCUCUUUCUGAUGUGAAAGGUGACUCCAGCGGAAAUCCUGCCUAUGCUUCUUCUUCUUUAAAUAACAACUACAACAUGCCUAUUUCUUCUGAUUUAGAGAGCGUGUUAAAUGUCGCUCCUAGUGAAGAGUCCUUUUCGGAAUCAAAUCCCGUUUUUGAUGAGUUUACGAACAUUUCUAAUUUGACUUCUCCUCCAGAAGCUUCCACAGGUCAAAGUUUUGAUCCAAACAAUAUGGUAUUGCCUGGAAUGCAGAAGGCUCCUAUGAAUACUCCUUCUUCUCAAGUUCGUAAAAAAAGAAAGUCCAGUGUUGGUGUAUAA